AUGGGUGGCACUGCCAUUGGGGUAGACGUUGCAAGUUCGGCGCAGAAGAUAUGGCUGACACUGCAAGCGCUCGGCAACAUCGCAUUCGCCUACUCGUACUCCAUGGUCCUCAUAGAAAUCCAGGACACGGUGAAGGCGCCUCCGGCCGAGAACAAGACGAUGAGGAAGGCGAACCUCAUGGGGGUCUCCACCACCACGGCCUUCUACAUGCUCUGCGGCUGCCUGGGCUACGCCGCCUUCGGCAACGCGGCGCCCGGGAACAUGCUCACCGGCUUCGGCUUCUACGAGCCCUUCUGGCUUAACUUCGCCAACGUCUGCAUCGUCGUGCACCUCGUCGGCGCCUACCAGGUCUACUGCCAGCCCAUCUACGCGGCCGUGGAGAGCUGGGCCGCGGCACGGUGGCCGGAAUCGGACUUCGUCGUCCGCCGGUACCAUCCCUUCGGUGCCGGCAAGUUCAGCAUCAACAUGUUCAGGCUGGCGUGGAGGACGGCGUUCGUCGUCGUGAGCACAGUACUUGCCAUCUUGCUGCCCUUCUUCAACGACAUCCUUGGCCUCCUCGGCGCGCUCGGGUUCUGGCCGCUCACUGUGUACUUGCCCGUGGAGAUGUACAUCCGGCAGAGCAAAGUGAAGAGGUCCUCGUGGAAGUGGGUGGCGCUGCAGAGCCCGAGCUUCGUGUGUUUCGCGGUGACGGUGGGCGUGACUGUGGCGUCCGUGCAGGGGAUCACCCAAUCGCUCAAAAACUAUGUGCCGUUCAAGACCAAGUUGUGA